AUGGACAUAGAGCUGGUGGCACAAAAUUUUUUAACAGCCGAGGAGCUUGAGAUGGCUACCGAGUACAAUCAAGGACCAGGAGCCAGCUCAAGUACUAAUGGAACAGUUUACAGUAAACUUUCACUUGCAGACAGUGUAAGGGAGAUGGUUUUUGUAAAAGAAAAGGUACAAGUGGAGGAGGGCCGAAUCGAGCGUUUUAUAAAUGAGAUCAUCUCUUUUGCCCAAGUGAAUCAUCAAAAUGUGAUCAAGUUGUUCGGAUGCUGUUUAGAGACUGAAGCUCCCAUUUUGGUUUAUGAAUUCGUCUCUAAUGGGAGCCUUUACGAUUACAUUCAUGACCGGAGAAAUGGGGAAAAUUCAGUGCCUUAUUGGGAUAUCCUUAUGGAGAUAACAGCAGAAUCUGCAGCAGGUCUUUCUUAUCUGCAUUCCUUAUCAAUCAUCCAUGGAAAUGUCAAGUCUUCCAAUAUAUUGAUGACUGAUUGUUUGGCCAAAGUCGCUGGUUUCGGACCUCUAAGGUUAAUCCCUAGUAAUGAGUCCCAGACAAGUACAUUGUUUCAAAGGACACUGGGUUAUCUGGACCCGGAGUAUCUUAUUACAGGCCAGUUGACAGAGAAGAGUGAUGUCUACAGCUUUGGAGUCGUUUUAGUAGAAAUAUUAACUGGGGAGAAGCCAAUAGACUACUAUAGACCAGAAAGUCAGAGAAUCAUAACUUCUCAUUUUCUUUUGUCCAUGGAAUCACAAAAUGGCCUUCUUCAGAUUCAUGCUCCACAAGUUAAGGAGGAUAACAAAGAACAAGUCACAGCAGUCGCAGAACUUGCAAAAAGAUGCCUCAAGUUGAGCAGUGCAGAAAGACCAACAAUGGAAGAAGUGGCCGGAGAGUUAAAGACGAUGUCGGACACGUAUAUUACAGUUCAUGUCAGUUGA